GGAGGGAGAGGAGAUCCAGUUUACUACACAGAGGACAGUGCUCCAGUUAUGAUUGUUCAGGCUGUUGUGAAAGUGCAGCAGAGUUGGUCUCAAAUGUUCACUGGUGAGACAAUAACCUUAAAAUGUGAAAUAAAGGAAGGUGAAAACAGGGAGAUGAAAUAUGAAUGGAAGUUACCUCGCAGAAACACCCCCAACACAAACAGCCCUCCAACAUCCAGUGAAUACAGGAUCAGCAGAGUUUCAGUGUCCCACAGUGGAGACUACAGAUGUCGGGGUAGCAGUGACUAUCUCUUAACAGGAUGGAGUGAUGCCUUCAGACUGACAGUUUCAUUUCCCAGUAAGCCCACUGUGACCCUGCAGCCAUCCUGGACUCAGAUAUACAGCGGUGAGACAGUCACUGUCAGAUGUGAGAUUCAGGGAGGUGAAGGAGCUCAGUGGACGUAUGAAUGGAGAGCAGCCAAGUUAAACACACCUCCAACAUCCAAUGAAUACAGAAUCAUCAGAGCUACUGAGUCUGACAGUGGAGGAUACAGCUGCCGGGGCAGAAGGGACUAUUUCUUCUCAGAGUGGAGUGAUAUCGUCACACUGACUGUAUCAUAUAAACCAAAGGCCAAACUGAGAGCUGAUAACACAGCUGUUCCAGUAGGGGGCAGUGUGACCCUGACCUGCUCUGUGAACUCAUCAUCAUCAUCUGGAUGGAAAUACUACUGGUACAGAGAUGAGAAAUCCUCUGAAGCCCUGACCACACAAGAUGCAGUUUUCCACUCAAAUGGACAAAUCAGUGUCUCACAGGAAGGACUCUACAGGUGCAGAGGAGGAAGAGGAAACCCAGUUUACUACACAGAGGACAGCCAAGAAGUUCAGAUUAACAAAACUGUAACUGUGUCAGGAGUUGACAGCUCUUCAUCUCCUGUGUGGUUGAUUGUUGGACUGGUUUGUGGAGUCUCUCUCAUUAUUAUUCUCCUGCUCUUGUUGUAUUGCUGCAGACAGUCCAAGUAUUCCUGCUUCACCAGGUGGAUCCAGUCUGAGAGUCACAGUCCGGGCUCCUCCACAAAUCAUGGAGUCAACCAGAAUGAAACUCAUGAAUACAACUCUCUUCAUCCUGGUGAUGCUAACCUCUAUGAAUCCAUCACACAAGAGGAAGACACUGGAACUGGUGCAGAUGAACCCCGAGACGUCACAUACUCUGUUAUUACACUUCAAAACCUUAGAAAGAAGAGGAAGCAUCAUAAACCAGAGCAGAGUGCUGUUUACUCUGAGGUGAAGACGGGAGCUGCAGAGGACAGUCUGAUGUAUGCUGAGGUCAAACAGCCCAAAAAAGCAAAAGCCAAGAAAAACAAAGGAAAAUCAAGUCCUGCAGCUGAUGCAGCAGUUUAUUCUGAAGUCACAUCAGGAAGCUCUCUCAGUCAGUGAGGAGAGCUGUAGCAGCAAAGCCAAGAAGAAGCUUUUUAUGAAGCCACUCUUGCUCCUCUGCUCCCCAAAUAUCAGACAUGCUCAGCUUUAUGUACAGUUACAAUAUUAAAUCAUAAUAUCAGACAUAUUACUGUCUUUUAGUAUAAAACAAAUGCAGGUGUAUUCCUAUUUAAUAGUUGUGCUCUUUAUAUUCAGUUAUUUGUAUAAAGAUUUUGUAAUAAACCUUGAAUGUAUCUAACAUGUUCCAACAGCAGUGAGAACAAAGUGUGAAAUAUGUGAUCUUUAGUAUCUGACAGCACAACUUAAAGUCAGUGUUUGCAGUGUUUCACAAGUAAAUACUGAUAUGGGACCAACAAAUACUUUAACUGUGUUUGUCUAAAGAUCUCAUACAUUAUAUAAAUAAGAAAUAUAUGAUAGGCAGUGAAUACAUUUGAAUAUAUGAAUACAUGUGUUUUAUGUAUCUAUUUUGUCUCUGAUCUUUUUAUUCAUCUAUUGUUAGAAGGGAAAAAGUAAAAUCUUUUUAAAGUUUA